AAUUUACCGUGCGUGUGCCUAAUUAUUUCCUCACUCCUCACAACAAACUGUGCACUGUUGAAAAGGCCUAGGCCUAGAGAGCGAAGUUGACAAAGAGAGUUUCUGUUGCGAUAUCUUUAAAUUUGAUCUUUAGAGAAUCUAUAUAUCUAGAUAUAGUAUUCGUGUCAAUUUUCAGUACAUGUUAAAGAGCAGUCACUGUUUUGUUUUUGUUCGUUUUUAACUCGGUGAGUACGAAUAUUUAAACCAUGAGCUCUGCAGGCCCUGGAAAGGAAGAUAAAAACAAGAAGGACGCCGACGCUGUAACGUCAACGGUAACGGAGGUUCACUCUGCUAAUAGCUGGGAAACUGCCGACCUUGGUGACUCCCAGCGCCAUCAAAAGUUUUUAAGACUCAUGGGAGCCUCAAAGAAAGAACAUCAUGGAAGAUUCGUCAUUGGAGACAACAGUUCCUCUCAAACAAGAACUAAGAAUGACACAGGACAGCUGAACGAGGAACUUGUUGAGCAGUAUGAGCAGAGUAUGGAGCAUCGGUUAGCCGGAGGUCGCAGAGGUCACCUGGGUCUUGGAUAUCAUCCUGAUGAUAAUGAGGAGAAGAAGGAAAAUGACGAGGAAAAGAAACAAAAGGAUGAGGAAGUUCGUGAAGUCCGUGGGGAAGCCGAUGGUGCUGCGGACUCGGACUCGGGGAAGGACAGCAUAGGGUCAGGGUCGGAUGAAGACAGCAACGGUAAAACUGAAAAGAAGGAAGGGGAAAGUGCAGCCUCCAAACACAAAGACGAGUCCAGUGGCGAUGGUGGGGAUCGUAAAAGAGAAAGUUCUGAUAAAAGUUCUGAUACUCAAGAGAAGAAGCUGAAAUUUGUUAAAAGUAGCUCAUAAUUUGAAACUUUGAUCACAUGUUUUUGUGAAUGAUUGAACUGAUGCAGUCUGGUGGAAAAGGAGUUUGAGAGGAAAGUCACAGGUAAUUAUUUUUCUGUCUUUGCAAACUGAUAAUCACUAAUCCUUUGUUCGAUAGUUUGAUAAAUAGACAUUGUUUUAUUGUUGGUUUAGCUCUUUAAAAUACCAGUCUCCCCUUUGAGCAGAGUUUUUAAAAGUUUUUCAAAGCACUCGAUCCUUUGAUUCCUGUAGUUUAAGUUAUUCAACUGUGAGGUUAUCUGUAUAUGAGGUCUUCACAGUUUUGAUCAUUUUAAGUUGCUCUGCCCCAAAAACAACCUUGUUCCUCGGAGUUAACUUUACACAGUAACUCAGUGUCGGCUUAUACUUUUUGCCAGUUAUAUUUUAUGAGGACUUAGCUUAUUGCAUUUUAGGAGGUUGUAGUAGAGAAAGGGUUAUUCAGAUAGUAUUUUGGAAGUGCAACUUUGCAUUUGUUUUAUUUACAAUAAUCACAUGUUUUUAUCUGAAUAUUCUGAAAGCAUCUUGUCAGAUAUACGUGCACAUGUUCCCCGAGUUGUUUAAAGGGAUGAUUUAUCCCUUUAUUGGUGAUGAACUGGUACUUCUUUUUUAUUUAGUCUUGGUGAAAGGAUGAUGUUCCUUGUACCUUUUAUCAUUUAAUAUAAUGUGCGGAAAGAGUGUAGGUAUUUCACAAAUUGUAAUUGUACAAUUUGGGUGUGUUUCAUCAAAAAAAAAGGUUGUGUAUAUGUGCUCAGUACUGGUUCCCCAGUGGAGGAGUACUUGGGAGGCUGGGCCUCUGAUCUAGUCCAUAUCUCUGAAAGGACCAAGCCAUGUGGAUGAAGAGCUGUGCAAACUUCUCAACAUAUAUAGUGGGUGGUUGGUGGGGGCUCUUGUGUGGUUUGCUCCUUCUUUCCUAUCAAUUAUCUAUCAUCAUUAUCUCUCUCCUCCUACUUUUUAAAAUUUGUUACUCUCUAGUAACACCUCUAAUCUUUGGCACUUAUAAGACAUAACUGAGUUGCGAGUGUUGCAAAACUCGUUCUGAAAUGAAAGUAAAAUCUCAAAAAAUAAAAUCUAGAUUCAGGAAUGUCUCUCUUAUGAUUUGAUUCAGGCUGUUGUACACCAUAGUCCAUCGUGGUGCUGACAGACUUGCGAAAUACUCAGAUAGAAGAACCCUAUCUGAUUUGCAUAAAAUUCAAUUUUUAAAUGAAAUUCUGUUUCCCACAGUUGUAUGGAACUUAUCGAAAAUUACAUGAACAUACAAAUUCUUAGUUUUGUAUAUUUGUGAUACAUACGUUUAUAUGUGAAAGGUUAUGUUCGUAACGUAAUCCUAAUCUACUGGGGUUCUGGAGACUCACAUUUUUUUAACCCACAAACUCUGAUUUUUUGGAAAGAUUCUGAGAAAAAUUAUUUUCGGUCAUGGAGAUGUUGGCAGGUCUAGUCUGUGCUAAAUGAGCUCAGGACUUUUGUUUUUGUGUUACAAAUACUGUCAAAAUUGUCUGCCGCCCAUUGUCGAGGUAAAAAGUGAAUGUCUUAGACAGGUGGACUUCUAGAACGGUGUCGUUAUAAUAUUUUUUAAAAACAUCGCAUGAGGGGAAAUAGAAAGUGGUUGUUUGAACAGGUGAUUGUCUUGGACAAGUGGCCGUUUUAGCAGGGUCGACUGUAUGGAGUUUUGUCUUGUAAUGUAGCACAGUAGCUCAAAGUAUAAUAUAUAUAUAUAUAUAUAUAUAUAUAUAUAUAUAUAUAUAUAUAUAUAUAUAUUUAUAUAUAUAUAUAUAUGAGAUUAUGAGAAUAAAGAGUGCAUGAUGUUGAUGUAGGCAGCAAACAAAGAGUUGAUGAUUUCCUUAAUAAUUGUAUUAAGUCCUUGUUCCAUCAGUUGCUUUGAGAAAGAUGUGUGUGCUGGCAUGCUGGUUCUGUAUUUUCAUCUACCUUUUCAUUCUUGUAAAUGCCAGGAGGCUGUGUGGAUGUAAGAAGCUGAAUCUGAAUUGCAUUAUUGUUUUAUUUUCAGUAUUGAUGUCGGGUUGUUUGUAUGUACCUUCCAUUUACAAAUGGACUUCCAUUUUUAUAGAAUGACUUGGAAGGGUUAUUGUAGACUACUUAUGUUUCAAUACAGAAGGCAUAUCUUUCAUAUUGUGGAAAUGUCUAGUUGAAGGAAAGGGGCAAGAUAUUCAAGGGAUAUAUAUAUAAAAAGCAGGUUUAACCCCAGUGUUUUACUAAUCCCUUUUUUUUUUCACUUAAAAAAAAUAAUUAUUUGGCUCAGUGUGAAAACCGUGGCAGACUAGACUGGCAGUGACCAAUUCAAUUAAGGAAUGAUACUCGCACAAUGUGAUUACUGUAAAUGAAACUGAAUGCACUGUACCAAUUUCUUCAACUGAGUCUAUGUGUUACCAAUUUCUUAUUGUUCCCAUUCACAUAAACUCAACAUCCUCUCAGUUAAGCUAUGACACAUUGUUCAAUGGUUAUAUAACAUUCAAGCGUUGUGCCUUUUAGUAAGAGUAAGACCAUUUCAAGUGACUUACUAAUAAACGCACACCCGUUUUCCUCUUGAAAGUUUCAAUCUUGAACUUCAAGGGAAAAAAGUAAUUCCACAUGCAGUGAUUUUAAAAACUCUUCAGGUAUCUAGCAAUCAUGAACAGUGAAAGUGCAAGCUUUUGGAGUUGAAGUAAAGACAGAUGAGUUGGUGCUUAAAAACUGCAUGUGCCAUGCUUGUAAAUUAUGUCUUACUUUUGAACAGCCUGCAGGAUAUUAGGUGAAUUAGAACAAUAGUACGCUUCAUUGCAGGUUUACUGACUGUUAUAUAAUAUUGUCGGUGACGUGGCGAGAGGGAGAGAGGUUUUUGUAAGUUUUAUCUGUGUUACAGUUUCAAGUCGAGAGGAGAAGGUGGAGAUGCUUCAUUGAAGAUGAAGCACUGUGUAGAAGUAGAAGUGAAUAUUUGUUAGGUCUCACAGUUUGUAGUAAAAAACUGAUGAAUGUUGUUGAUGAAGACCCUAACUCAGAUCUAAGCUUCCAGAGUUUGAAAAAGAUAGUUUUACAAGGAGAGAAGAUAGAAAUGUUGCCCUAGUAACCGUAAAUUCUUGGUUUCAUACCCUUGAAAAAUCUGUUGUUACCAAAAUGUGUGCCAUGUAGUGUUUUUCUUUAACACCAUCAAAUUUUGAAGAAAAAAAUGGUGUUAAUUCUAUUUUUUAGUGACUAGUUUGCGGAGAAUAUGAUAUUUUCAUGCAGUUGACAACUUGUCACAUGUAGAGAUCAGAAUUUGUUCUCUAAAAUGUGUCGUGUGAAAGAAUAGGACCAUGAUAGAUCCAUUUUGUAUAUAUGAGAAGGACAUUGACAAAAAAUGUUAGUGUAAGUGGACUCCACUUUCAUAAUAUUUGACAUGCAUUUGACCUCUCUUGACCUUCCUUUGGCUCAGUCACUUUUCGAUAUUAUGGCGUUUUAUUAUGUUUAUAUACAUGUAUACUCCGCACAAAGUAUGCCAUGUAUCAGGAAAAUUGUUCAUUAUUUUGAGGUAAAUAAAUGUGUCACUUUUGGUCUUA